AUGAAGAGUUGGAAUGGGUUGGAGGAUGCGACGGCGCCGGUCAAGCCUCGACGGACCCCAACGCGGUGGCGUGCACUGUCUGCGACCUUCGUCACACUCGUCUGUCUCGCAGCAGUGGAUACCAUCUUUCCUGAAUUGAAGAACUGGGAUCUGUCCUUGUCUUUGGACAAAGAGCCUGCGUUGCAUCAUGCCGCGUUUGAGUGGUCCAAGAUCGCUCCGAGUGAGCAUCUAGAAUUCCACAAAUGCUUCGGCAGAUUUGAAUGCGCAAAACUAAGCCUACCAUGGGACUACUUCAACGGCACCUACCCCAAUCAUACCGUCAGUAUCGCUAUCACCAAGAUACCUGCCAGAGUACCCGUGGAUGAUGCUCGCUAUGGAGGUCCGGUCUUAUUCAACCCCGGCGGUCCAGGUGGCCCAGGUGCUGCAGUUGCAAUUGUGUUAGGACACGCGCUACAGCAGAUCGUGGAUUCCAGUGUUGAGAUUUCCACGCCCUCCAUCGAUGCAAGAUACUUUGAUGUCAUCGGAUUUGACCCUCGCGGAAUCGGCUGGACGGAACCAGUUGCUCGAUGCAUGCCAGAUCAGCCUGCUUCGUGGUCCUGGAAAUUGAGAGAGGAGACGGAAGGACUUAUCGGAAGCUCGGAUGCAGCUCUCGGUAGACUUUGGUCUAUGAAGCAUGCCUUUGGCGCAUCCUGCAAAUUAGCUGAGGAUCAAGAGGGACCGGAUAUCAAGCAGUAUAUGGCGACGGCAUUCGUUGCUAGAGACAUGUUGGAGAUCACUGAGAAACAUGCCGAGUAUGUCGCAAACGAGGUAACUCGGAAGGCUGCGCAGAAGGCCGGUAAGCGUCCCGGAUAUUACAAUUCCACGUAUGUUCCAGGGAAAAGCAAGCUGCAAUACUGGGGCUUCUCAUACGGGACACUACUUGGAUCCACCUUUGCAUCCAUGUUUCCCGAUCGUGUUGGGCGUCUUAUUCUCGAUGGUGUUGUCAGCUCAUACGACUACCAAAAUUCCCUUGGCAACGGAAGCCUUACAGAUGCCGAAAAGGCCAUGACCUCCUUCUAUACCUUUUGCCAUAAUCUGGGUCCUGCUGAAUGUCCCUUGGCAACUACGAACUCAAGUGUCUCGGAUAUAGAAGAUCGCACGCAAGACAUCAUCGCAUCGCUGUACCAUAAUCCGCUUCCCAUCGUCUCGUCUGAUGGUCCAGACUAUCUUACUUGGUCUGAUCUCAAACUAUUGAUCUUCGGCGCUGCCUACCAGCCACGCUUGAUGUUCCCAUUCGUUGCAGACAUUUUAGCCACGAUUGAACAGGGAGGGGGCUCAGCGACCGACCAGCUCGCUGAUAUGUUCCACUAUAACCACGUCCUUUUUUGCCCUGCCAACGGCACCGAAGCAUCUGAUACGCCAGUGCCCGACGUGGCAACUACGGCUAUCUUAUGCGGCGAUGGCAUUGACCAGACUCAUCUCACUAGAGACGAAUUCGAAGCAUACUGGAAUAUCAUGGACACCCUUUCGCCGAACUUUGGCUCCUACUGGUCCAUGCUUUUGAUGAGUUGUGCAGCAUGGAAAAUCAAAGCCAGCUACAAGUUCGAAGGCCCUUAUGGUGGUAACACAUCGCACCCUAUUCUCUUCGUAAGCAACACAGCAGACCCUGUUACGCCUCUUCGCAGCGGACGCUACAUGCAUAGCCUCUUUCCCGACAGUAGCCUUUUGAUCAGCGAUCAUGUUGGUCAUUGUUCGAUUUCCGCACCCGAUAUCUGCAGCUUGAGCCGUGUGAAAGCAUAUUUCCAGACGGGUGAGCUGCCGUCGUCGGGUACUGUUUGCGUACCGCCACCUAGCCCGUACAGUCUCAACUCGACGGAUCCCGAUAGUCCAUUCUAUGACCCCUCGUUAGGUAGCACCAAUGUUGCCAGAUUCCGGGAGAUGGACUCUGACGGGGCAAAGCUACUAGCUGCAGGUGAGUGGUUGCAGAAGCGAGCUGCUGCAAGUGAUAUGUUUGGCCUAAACCUGCCUGUCGCCACAAGGAUCAAUCGAGCUAUGCAGAAUUUCUUGAAGGAAUCGCUAUCAGGUUCAGAUCACGCUGUGUUCGCCUAG